GUGUGAUCAGGAAUCUUUUUUUUCACUUAAAUAUCAUUUUUGUGAAGGCUCUUUUAAAAUAUUAUGUCAUUGCAAGUUCAAAAUAACACAACUUUGCCGUCUAAGGAACAAUCUUUAUUCAAAAGAGUUGUGAAAUGUUAUGAACAAAAACAAUAUAAAAAUGGGUUAAAAUUUGCCAGAAGUAUAUUAUCAAAUCCUAAAUACACUGAGCAUGGGGAAACCCUAGCAAUGAAAGGUCUUUUGCUUAAUUGUUUAGGAAAAAAAGAGGAAGCUUUACAAAAUGUUCAUAGAGGUCUUAAAAAUGACCUUAAGAGUUAUGUGUGUUGGCAUGUUUAUGGCAUGUUACAAUUAUUUGACAAAAAAUAUGAAGAGGCUAUUAAAUGUUAUAGAAAUGCUCUUCGGAUUGAUCAAGAACAAGUACAGAUUUUAAAAGAUCUAUCUAAAAUUCAAAUCCACAUAAGGGACAUAGAAGGAUUCAGGGAAACUAGAUACAAACUAUUGAAAUUAAGACCUACUCAGCAAACCUCUUGGAUCCACUUGGCUCUGGCAGAAAAUUUUUCAUCUAAUUAUGAAAUGUGCCUGAAAAUUUUAUCGGAAUUUGUCAAUACCCAAAAUAUAACCAGUGUACAAUACGAGAAUUCAGAACUUUUAAAAUACCAAAAUUUCGUGAUGGUUCAAGCUGGCAAAUAUCAAGAUGCCUUACAGCAUUUGACACUCAAAGAAAAUCUGAUAUGUGACAAGUUUUAUAUCCUUGAAACAAAAGCGGAUUUAUUAUGUAAAUUGAACAAACCGGAAGAAGGCAUCCUGGUGUAUUGGAAUCUUGUGACUCGAAAUCAAGAAAAUUUAUCCUAUUACCAAGGUAUCGAAAAUGGCUUACGUAUCAAAUUAGGACAAAGCGAAUUGAGCACGCAAGACAAAAUGCACAUAUACGAAAAAGCUCUACAAAUUAAUCCUUCCGCUCUCUUGCCGCAGACUAUUCCAUUGCAAUUUACAUCUCAUCAACAAUUUAAAGAACUCGUCGAUAAAUUUUUGCAAAAGAAUUUGAGGAAAGGAAUUCCUUCCUUAUUUAAAUUGAUAAAAACUCUUUACACGGAUCAGAAUAAAGUGGAUAUAAUGGACGAAUUAAUAAACGGAUACGUACGUAAUCUCGAGGCCCAUAAUAAAUUAGAUUUAUCCCAAACGAACGUAGAGUCCCCUACAACUCUUCUAUGGGCUCUCGUAUUGAAAUCUCGGCAUUGCAGCAAACUGGGUCAUUUUACUGAAGCUCUCGACUGCCUCAAUCGAACAAUAAAUCACACGCCCACCUUCGUAGACGCCUACACCACGAAAGCCAAAAUUUACAAAAACAACGGUAACAUAAUAGAGGGGUUAAGAGUUAUGAGAGAAUGCCAAUCAUUCGACACCGCCGAUCGCUAUUUGAACUGUCUCUACGCUAAGUACUCCCUGCAAGCCAACCUUGUCAACCAAGCCAACGAGAUUCUAUCCAAGUUUACUAAAGAAAACACGAUACCUAGUGAAGAUCUGAACGAAAUGCAAUGCAUGUGGUAUUUACUCGCGUGUGCUUCCUCAUAUAAGAUCAUGUCCGAUUAUGGCCAAGCGCUCAAAAAAUGUCACCAAAUUUAUAAACAUUUUCAAGACAUGCUAGAAGACCAAUACGAUUUCCACACGUACUGCCCUCGCAAAAUGACGCUCGUGUCCUACGUCCAAACGCUCAUAUCCAGCUUCAACCUCAAAAAACCUCAGGAGGAAUUGCCAUCAUAUGGCGGCCAAGACAAAAGAGUCGGAGGGAAUCAUUACUUCAUGGAAACGGCCCAAUGCGCUAUCGAGAUAUAUAUUAAACUAUACGAUGAUCCCGGACUGGUGAAAAAGUUGGACAGCCUUGUAUUGGAUCGUGUGGCUAAGGAAAAAGAAAUGGAAUAUUUAGCCCAAAAUAUUGUAACGAAUACUGACCAGGACAACGAUAAAAUAUCCAAUACUCAGAGUAAUGUGGAUGAAUCUAAUAAUUCGAAAUUAAUGAAUGGGCACUUAGAACCCAAUGAUGCACAAAUGGUUGGUUCAGAUAAAUUAAGCAGCGCCGAUAUUAAAAAGUUGAGGAAUAAGGAAAGGAAAGCUCAACUCAAGCAAAAGUCGAAUUCGGAUCAAAGAUCAGGGAAUAACGAUGACGGUGAUUCCAAUUCCUUGGAACCGAAGGAUUUUAUUGGGACUUCGAAUCCAUUGGAGCAGGCCAUAAAAUUUUUGACGCCAUUAUCACUCAAUUUCUUCGACAAUUUUAAGACACAUUGUCUCUCUUUUAACAUUUAUAUCAGGAAAAAAAAAUUAUUUCUCGUAUUGAGAGCCUUGAUAAAUAUGAGGAGGAUCUUGGACAUCGAAUCAACUAACUCCUUUUCGCCGAGCAAAAAUUUGUGCAACGCUGAUAGCCUACAAAAUAAUUUACUGUUCUACGAAUGUUGGGUCAAAUUUAUGCAUUUCAUGUGGUGCUCCGAACGAGAUGGAUCUUCAUUCAUUCCCAAUAUUCCUUCGGAUAUCAAGGAAAUUCUCCUGGAAAAACAAAUCGAUCUCUUAACUAAAUAUGCCUUAAGUAUUGCUGCCGAAGAUUUAAACGAAAUUUCAUGGAACGAAUUAUUUUCAAAUCCUGAGGCACUGGCCAAUUCAGUCAAUAAAUUUGUUCGAAUGCACAGCGAAAUGAUUAGCGACAUGUCACGUGAUAAUCAAUUUUAUUGCGGGGAGUUUUCUUACCUCCUAACUGGCGUUAGAAUGAUGGUUUAUUUAAACGAAAAAAAUGGUUCCCCUAUCCAAGACACAAAGUUGGUUUAUAAAAGGUCCAUUAAUAUCCUCAUGUUGUGCUUGUCUCGUUUUAAAAGCCACCAGCUCACUUCGACAUUCGACUACAAAAGCUUCUUAAGAAAAUGUUUUUCGGCUCUCUAUUUUAUGAUGGAUAUAAACACGAAAUCAGGAAAUACCGAUAACUCCUCAACAGAGGGACUUGUCCAAGAAUUUAUUAGUCAUUUACGUUGUUCUAUGUAUCCGCUGAUAGACAUAGACCUAAUAUUACCUUACGUCCCGUUUCGACAUAUUCAUCACGACAUAUAAAUAUUAUUUUUAUUUUUUUUUAUAACUCUUCCACUACAAAAUUACCAUAGUCAUAUAAAAAAUCCCACGUCUAAAAAUAAAACACAGUCAAAUUUUUAUAUACGAUUUAUGAUGAGUUGGCGAAGGACAUAUUCGUUACAUUUUUAAAAAAGUCAAGUUUUGUGUUGAUUGUCAAACAAAAUAAGCAAUAUAUUUGUAAAAUUAGAAUAUGCGCGCAACAAUUGACUUAAUUAUAUUUCUUAUUAUCAAAAUUUCCCAUUCCUUAUCUAUCUAACAUUAAAUAAAUAAUUUUGCGUGUUUUUUUAGAAGUUAUUUUAUAUUCUGUAAUUUUAUUAUUAUUUUUUUUAUGUGUGUUGUGUGUAAAUGAAAAAUAAAUUGAUUUCGUUUGA